AUGGCGUCCGUGCGGGGCCCGAGCAGCGUCGGCGGCGGGCGAGGGGCCGCGGCGGCCUUGGGGGGCGAAGGGGAGCCCGGCGGGGGGCUGGUUGGGGGCCCGCCUUCCUCCCAGUACGGGAACGGGCUGGGGGGGAGCGGACCCGGGGGGGAGCAGGGCGGGGGGCUCCGCGAGUUGGAGGAGGAGGAGGAGGAGGGGCUGCUCCUCGAGGCCGCGACGGGCGGAGGGGCCGCGGGCGGCGGCGGCGGCGGCGGGAUCCGAGGCUCCGGCCCGCGGGGCGCCCUUUCCUCCUCCUCCUCCUCUUCCUCCCACGCGCCCUCCAGGGCCGGCCAGGCGGGAGUGGGGGGGCCCCACCACCACCCUCACUCCGAAGAGCUGGAGGAGGAGGCCGGCCUGGGAGAGAGCGACCCCGGAGACUCCGCCAUCGAAGACCCGGUGAGUGGCCCCCGGGGCGCGGAGGAGAGAGGGCCCGGCCAAGCCCGAGGCUCGAUCUUUGCGGGCCCCCCACCCGUCUCUCUUUCAGCGUAGCCUACCUCGCAGGAGUGUCGCGAGGCGUGGCUUAUUUAUUUGCCGCAUACAUAUCCAGCCUUUCUCUCCCAAAGGAGCUCAAGGUGGCGCACGUGGCUCUCCCCAUCCCCAUCUCAUCCUCGCAGCCACCCUGUGAGGUAGGGUAGGAGAGGAGAGGGGUUAACUGGCCCGAGGUCGCCCAGUGAGCUUCCUGGCUGAGUGGGAAUUCGAACCCUUGUCUCCCAGAUCACAUAGUUCGACCUUAGUCUAACCAUUGUACCGCACUGGCUUAAAAGUACAAUGGAUGAGGAUGAGUAACGUGUGGUGGAUGAGGAGGUAACGUGUGUGUAGAAUAAUAGAAUUGUGGUGUUGAAAAGGACCACGAGGGUCAUCAAGUCCAGGGGUCAGCAAACGUUUUCAGCAGGGGGCCGGUCCACUGUCCUUCAGACCUUGUGGGGGGCCGGGCUAUAUUUGGAAAAAAAUAAUGAACCAAUUCCUAUGCCCCACAAAUAACCCAGAGAUGCAUUUUAAAUAAAAUCACACAUUCUACUCAUGUAAAAACACCUGGCAGGCCCCACAAAUAACCCAGAGAUGCAUUUUAAAUAAAAGGAUACAUUUUACUCAUGUAAAAACACGCUGAUUCCCGGACCAUCCAUAGGCCAAAUUUUAGAAGGCGAUUGGCUUCAUCUGGCCGCUGGGCCUUAGUUUGCCCACCCAUGAUCUAGUCCAACCCCCUCCAAUGCAUGAAUCCUUAGCGCAGUGUGGGGCUCGAACCCACAACCAUGAGAUUGAGUCUCUUACUUUAUAUAUACUUUACUGGGAACAGUUGGAAAGAAAUGAUUAUUCAGAAAUUGCAUAUACGGCACACUUGGCUGCUUAUUUUGCGUUUAUAUCCCACCUUCUUCUCCAAGGAACUUAAGAGGGUGUAUGUGGUCGCCCCCAAAAGAACCCCCUAUAGUUCCCACAACAACCCCAUGAGGUAGAAUUAGGCCGAGAGGCAGUGAGUAGACCCAAGGUCAUGCACUGAGUGGGGGAUUCAAACCCUGGUCCAUCUCUGGUCCUGGCUCACUGCUUCCUAAGGAGAGAGAGUGGCUUCGGGGAGGGGGUUCUUUAAUGGGGGAUGGUGGCCAAAAAAUGUACUGGAAGGUACAUUCAAAACUAUUAAUAUGGGAUGCUCAGUGAUAGUGCAGAAGCAGUUUUAAUUUGUACCUGCUGACUUGGGCAGAUGAGAAGUUCAUUAUAGUGUAAAAAUGGAGUCUGGGGUUGCCGUGUGGCAAUUGGAUGCAGAUUAUACCUUUGACACUGAUUUGUAGAAGCAAAAAAGUGGGCAGAGCUAAGGCGCUGCGUAGUGGGUGGCGACAGUAAGAUUGGAAAGAGCAGAGGCAGAGUGGGAAAACAGCUAAAACCGUGGGAAAGACAGCUCUUUCAGGGAGAGAUCAGAUGAAGCAAAUGCCGGCAGUGCUGUCUUGGCAUAAACAAGUGGAUGGGAGUAGAUAACUGUAGAAUGUCUUACAGCAGUAACCUUGAGAAGUACUAGUAAUCAGUGGCAUUAAAGAAGUGGAAGAAGAGAAGGGAGUCUCAGUUGGUGUGAGCUCUUAAGAACUGCAAGAAUGUUUCUUAAUUUGCCCCCUACUUUCCCUUGCCCAUUCUUCCCACUCUCAGGAGUUGGAAGCCAUUAAAGCUCGAGUGCGAGAGAUGGAGGAGGAAGCAGAGAAGCUAAAAGAGCUGCAGAACGAAGUUGAGAAACAAAUGAACAUGAGCCCCCCGCCUGGCAACGGUAAGUCUCCUUAAGUUUCUUAUAAUUAAUUUGUGCUUGCUCCUCGUCUUCCUCCCCCCACCUCCCACAAAAGGUGGCAAGUAUUCAGAUACGGGGGAUGGGGAGAAGUUAGGAAUUGUGUAAUGGGUAAGAAACAUCUGUAGAGGUCUCUUAAAUACGCAAACGAGAAGUUAUUGCUGACACUUUGAGGCUCUUGAAUUCUGUGUUGGCCAGAUCAAAUUGAUGUCCUUUUAAAAAAUAGCCUAAGGGGGAUGACAUGGGGAAAUUACAUUGGAACAAAGGAAGAUGCUUUAUUCUGAGUGGGACCCAUGGUCCAUCUAGCUCAGGUACAAGGGUUUAUGCACAUCUCGAGCUCCUCUACCUGCAGAAAUUUCAUUAAUGUAGAAUAGGCUAAAUGGCUCAUCUGGGCAUUGGAGUUGUUCUGGGAGAUCGGAUUCAUGGAUUGAUUGUUUUAAAGUAUUUGUAAACCUCUCUUCCAUAGGAAGGCAGGAUACAGCACAAAGACAACAACGGCCUUGGUUUAAAAAACUCCAAAAAAGUUUAAUUUCCGUGGCAUUAUCUUUACAGGGGUUUGUAAAAAUUCCCAGUUUGGACUCUGGUAUACAUUAGUUAACUAGAGGCAGGAAUUAAAACACUUUACAAGCUGCAGCAUUACUGAAGUACAAGAAAUUACCUAUCAGUAUGAGGCACUUUCCCUUCACUGUUUUCAACAGCUGCUAAAGAAUAUUUUGGUUAAGCAAGCCAGACAUGUAACUUUAUUGUGUCUACUUGUUUUUAAACAAAAUAAAUGCAGCAUAGAGCUAGGACAAUUCCGGUGCAGAACGGAACAAAGCAAGCUACUUUCCUUAACAGUUACGAUAAAUGGAAGGUUAACUUGAUGUCUUUAAAAUUCACUUCAGAGAAUUCAUUUUUCCCUUGUCAGCAGAGGACAUGGGAGUGUGCUUUAGAUGAUAUGCAUUUACCCCAUUUAUCGGCUGUGGGGUUCCAAAUUCUGUUUGAGUCUUGUGGCACUGAAGUGGGGUGAAUGAUUUGUUUCAUAAUAUAUACUUGAUUGUAAAAAACACACAAAGUGGCUUACAAAAGUUAAAAUGGUAAAAUCGAGAGAGAUUUACAACCCUACUUUAAAACGUAAACAUUAAAAUUACUUGAACUUUCUAAGCAUCUGAGUAGAUGUGUGCAACAGACAUGUUUAAGCAGGCAGACCUGCUUGGUCUCAAAAGGCAGGGAGUUCCAAAGUGUAGGCGCUGCCACCACACUUAACAAUCAGGUUCUUACAAAUGCAGGACACCUGUGGUAGAGAAAGGAAGUUGCUUAAAGCACGUCCAGACCUCUGAUUCUCCAUCGCAAAUGGAUGUGUGAAUGUGCCGACCGUGCAAUUACAUUAUUUUAGCAAACAGCUUUGUGGAGAUGGCCUGAUUAAGACUGGAUUGUUUUGCUGUAUCAGAUGUGUAGCUAGUCACUUUUGAAUAUAGUUUUCUAGAAAGGCAGGAUAGAAGUGUGUUAAAUAAGUCUAAAAAAAUAAUAAUGUAGCUAUGCCUAAAGUCUGGAGACUUGUUUUGCCAGGUGUCUUGUCCCAAAUUACGAUGUGCUUGUGUAGGUGAGAGCCAUUUUGCAGAUGAAUGAAGAGGUGUUUCAGUUGGGUGUUUCAGCUCUUACAGCAUCAACAUUGUAUGACUAAGGAUUUUGAGCUGGCUUCUUCCUCUUUCCCACCCACCCCCUUUGCUGGAAACUUCAGUCAGUCAAACACAGGCUGGUGCUGAUGGGAGUUGCAGCCCAGCAAAAUCUGGAGGGCGCCAAAUUUUGCUUUCUAUCCAGGAAGUCUCAGGUUCAACCUCUGGCCUCCCCAGGUAGACCUGGCAAUGCCCCUCUGCCUGAAAUCCUGGAAAAUUGCUGCCACAAAGGUGGCUUCCUUUGUUCCUAGUUAAAAUUGUUCAAACCAACUUUCAGAUGCUAAAAGAAAGGGACUGUGUUGUACUUACCUGAAGAGAGAAUUCCAUGCAGAGGGUUUGUGAGGCUGGUGGUGUCGCAGUCCAAAACAGUGUCGAGAAUGUGUUGCCCAGGUGCUGGGCUUUUCCCCGCCUCAUUUUGUUGCUUUCCUGCAGACUUGGCUAGCCACUUCUGGAGGAAGCACUGGCCAAUCAGCAUGUGCUUUUCCCCAGGCCCCAGAAUCAGAGGCAAUUCUUCCUCCAGCAUUUUCCCGGCUUUACACCAGUGUUCAAAAUUUGCCAAAUGCAUUUUGUACCUGGUUAUCAGCCACUUGCGACCAGGUGAAGAUGCCCAGGCGCCAGGAUGACACCUGACAUUUCCACCAUCUGGAGGUGCAUGCCGGGGGAUCCUUGGAUCUUGACUGUUUUCACACACUAGCAACACAUCCUGUAGAAUUUUAUCCGUUAUAUUUUAUCUGCGCUAUCGGAACGAAUUUCAGGAACCAAAAGGUCGCAUUGAAAAAUACGAUUUUCAAGCCAUCUGGUCUGUUUUGGCAACUGUAACCCUGGUUUAAGAAGCCAUUUGGUGGCCAGCUUAUAUAUCUAAGUGUCUUAACACUGCCUUACACUGUUUCUUUCUCCCCAGCUGGCCCAGUCAUCAUGUCUUUAGAAGAAAAGAUGGAAGCAGAUGCCAGGUCCAUAUAUGUAGGCAACGUAAGUCUGUUCCCUGCAGCCCAGCUCAGUCAGGAGGCCAAGAGAUGUAUCUUGGGUUUCCUCACCAUUUUCAAUCCUCGGUUUCAGGUGGAUUACGGGGCGACAGCAGAGGAGCUGGAGGCUCACUUCCAUGGCUGCGGCUCCGUCAACCGGGUGACCAUCCUCUGCGAUAAGUACACUGGCCAUCCCAAGGGGUGAGUGCGUGUGACGGGAUGGGGAAGCUGGGUGUGUUUUUCCGUCUCGGUGAGUGGUUGCCUUUUAAGCCUGCCCAUUCUCUCCCCCUGCUCUCCAGGUUUGCUUACAUUGAAUUCUCGGACAAGGAGUCGGUGAGGACGUCCUUAGCGUUAGAUGAGUCGCUGUUCAGGGGAAGACAGAUUAAGGUGUGUACACUCUUCGACCAGGCCCCUUCCGCCUCUGAAACAUCAUUUUGUGGGCAAGAGGUUUGUGUAGUGCAGUGGCUGGGCAAUGAAGGCUCUGAGUUGCUUGAUCCUUUUCAAGGUUUUAAAUUUAUUUAUUUACUGAUACUUAAUUCAGGACUACACAAAAAUUCAUGCCCAUUACAAUGUAUCUUUUUAUAAUAUAAGCAGCUACUUAGUCUAAAAAAAGAACAAAGGCAGAAAGGAGAAAAGGCAAGAAGAAGGAAAAGAGAGAAAGAGAAAAGAUUAGAAAAAUACAAGAAUAAAAGCACUUCUGGCUUUCUGUCCUGCAUCUAUAGUAUUCACUCCUUAAGAUCCAACCAUUCUAUCUUCUAUAGAGCAGUAUGUAAUGCAAUUGUAAGCAGAGUUUAAAAACAGUUGCAUAAGGGACUUAUAAACAUUUACCUUUGAAACAUAAAAGUAUAUUUCCGAAAAAAGCAGAGUCCUUUUUGUUGGGGAUAAUUCAGAGGGAAAUUCCCAGGUGUCAAAAAACUAUGUAUGGUACUACUGCAGCCCAAGAAUGGAAACUUAAACUGAUGGUAUACACACAGCUUGCAGAUUUAACAUAUAGAAUAAGAGAACUAGAAGAAUACACGUUUAAAGAAGACUGGGAAAUGUUUACUGAAUAUAGGAGUAAAAGCUGUGUUCAUUUAAAAAUGCUGGUAGCAUUAAGUUGAAUUCAACAGUGCAAAUAAGAUUUGAUGGAUGUAAUAAUGGAUUACCGAAUGGUUGAGUUCAUGUAGAAUUUGCGGGGAUGUAUGGAAUGCAAAAUGAACCACCGAAAGAGAAGAAGGGAAGUCACUGAUUUAAGGUUGUCUAAAUGAAUAUUUUGAAAUGUAACUUAGAAAAUAUAAUAAAAAUUAUAUAGAAAAAAGUUGCAAAAGCAUGGGCUGGGGGUGGUUUCUGGGAUACCCUUGCUCUUGAGGCUAAGCGGAUCUUCUCCUUUUGAAGGUGAUUCCCAAACGGACCAACCGCCCUGGGAUCAGCACCACAGACCGGGGUUUCCCCCGGACCCGGUACAGAGGGAGAGGAUCCGGCUACAGCAGUUCCCGGGCCCGUUUCUACAGCGGCUUUAGCAGCAGGCCACCCCGAGGGCGCGCAUACAGGUCUGGCACGACGGUGGCGGCAGGUUGGGGGAGGCGCUUCUACGCUCCUGCCUUGCAGGGGUUCCCGUGGGGUGGCGGCUGGAGUAGGGGAGAUCUAUUGGCUUAGAGUGGGAGGGCUCUUGAUGCCCCCAGACUGGAAGUAGACUGCACCAAGUGAGAGAGGUGAUGGGCUGGGAACCACGACUGCUCUUGUUAAGCAGCAGCGCUGAGACAAAACGACUUUAUAACUUGAACCAGCAUUUUAAUGACAUUUCCAGUUGUAGAUGCUGCUGGAUUUGGGACUUCGAAGGAGGAAGCAAUUCCAAGUAUUGGAGUUGGGUCAGUUUUAAUGUCAUCUUGCCAGUAUUUCAAUCUGAGUGUUCUUCAGUCAGAUUUGUUAACUUUGGAAAGCCAGAGUUUUGGGUUGGGGUGUUUAUUAUUAUUGAAAGGUUGUCAGGUUCUCAAUCACGGGCUUUAGAAUUUUUUAGUCAGGACAGAAACUUUGCAAACCAGAAAAAAACCCUUAAAAACUCAAAACCUGGCUUGCACAGACGAAAGCAAGCCACCCUCAAGGAGCUGAGCAUUGUCCCAACUCUGAGGUCUUUAGGGUUUUGAGUUACUUAGCAAACCUUUCGUCUCUCUUUCAUUAACCUGUGUCCUUCUUCUCUCCACAGGGGCCGGGCCAGAGCGACCUCAUGGUAUUCCCCUUACUAAAAACAAAAAAAAAGUGGUUGUUUUAGGAAGGAGGAAAAAAAAAAGAAAAAAAAUGAAGAUUGUUACCAUGACGGAAAAAAAAAAAAUACUGUUGGUGGGAGGUGGAAGUGUCUAAUGCUGUGCAGAAAAAGAGGGCUGACUUAUUGGGAGGGGGGAAGAUGUAAACACGGGGCAGGGGGUCAAAUCCUGUUGUCAAAUUUCCACCUGCUGGUAUUGCUGACUUGAGCCCUGUCCCCACCACGCCCCCCCACCCCCCGUCCAGCUCCUCAUCCUUUUCUCUUCCAUCUGCAGAAAUUGUUGGGCAUAACCAAGCCAUCCUUCCUCAUGCCUUUUUUUUUAAUUGUUGCCCUGCAUUUGGGGGAGGGGGCCGAUGUGGGGGAGGGUUUGCCGACACCCCGAAACCUUUUGUGAUACUAUUUUUGUGUGUGUGUGUGUGAGAGAGAGAGAGAGAGUUUUGUAGUUUUUGUUCAUCUUCCCAACCUUUCCCUCUGCAGCCUUUGCCCAUUCCGGUAUGCCUGUUUCCCCCGCUCUCUCUCGUGUGCUUGGUUCUCCCCAAAUCUCGUUUGCUUCCCCUCCCCUUUGCUUCAGGAAUUAGCAGGGAGCGGGACCUGGGGUUCCUGCCUCCCGCGGUGGUGAUCCUGCCCAUUCCCAGACGUCCACCACCCUCUUUCUCACUUUGGGCAGACGAGUCUCUUGGCAUCCCUCUCUAGGUGUGUGUCUGUGUAUGUGUGUCUAUGUCAGACGGGGGAGCCUGCCUUGGGGUUUUCUCUUACCCCAUUGAUCCCAAACUCCCCAAUGGAGAAAUGCCCCUGAAAUGCUAAUUCUAAAACAGGCUGGCGGGUGGGGAAGGUCCUGUAAAAAUAGGCACCCCUCACUCAGAGCCAUACGUAACUGCGGCUGCGUCCCAUUUUGCUCUUCCUGUCUUUGCCCCUGCGUCGCUGCCUCUCCCACCACCCCUGGGGGUAUGUUAUAUGCCUUGUUUGAGUGUCUUUAUCUUUACAGGUUUCUUUAUUUUUUAGCCUGAAGAAAUGACACCGAAACCUGAAGCUGUAGAGACCAGGGGCCGGGGAGAGGACACCC